UUUUCCGUUUUGGAAGUGAUCAUGUCAUGCAGAUCGUGUUGAGUCGUUUAUUCGCGCAAUCGUUGGGCAGCACUUUGCCUCGACAUUUCAUCAAGUGCCGCCGUGUUCCUAAUGUGUUGCCUGUGAUUUUGAGUCGGCGUGAAAUCGUCAGAGGGAACAAUCCAUGUGAAAUGGAUGUCGAAAAAGUUGAACGUCAAAAAAGGGAAUUCGAAUUGCUGAAAUUGAAAGACCGACGCAAGAAAUAUUCCUGUGGUGAUGGGUUCGUCUGCCUAGAGCAGAUUCAAACCUGGAAAGAAUACUUCCAGAACCGUCGUGAU